GACAGAGGGAGGGAGAAAGACAGAAGUAGAGACAGAUUAAGAGACAGAGAGAGAGAGAGAUGUUCUCUUCAUUCAUACCAUGAGGACCCUGAUGUACUGUAUCCCCUGUCUGCGCAUGGCUUGAGGUGCAAGGCUCAGUACCUACUGCUUAGCUGACGUACGGAGAGAGGGAAAGAAAGAGAGAGAGAGAGAGAGAGAGAGAGAGAGAAGCGGGAUGGGUGCAGAGUGUGUGAGGACGGCGAAGUCACUGUGAUUCCGCCCAGCAGUGAAGUUUCCUUCAUCUCACUGCUAAACCUGUCUCUACCUGGUACCUGAGGUCCUGUCUGUGUCCAGCAUGAGUAACAUCUAUGAGUCUGCAGAGGCGACCCUCGGCCUGUGCAACUCUUCCUGUCUGACAAAGGUUGAGCUGAGAGUGGCUUGUCGAGGGAUCUCAGACCGAGAUGCCCUUUCUAAACCAGACCCCUGUGUUGUACUCAAGAUGCAGUCACACGGGCAGUGGUUCGAGGUGGACCGGACAGAGGUGAUUCGUAGCAGUAUCAAUCCAGUGUUUUCCAAGGUGUUUCUGGUUGACUUCUACUUUGAGGAGGUUCAGCGUCUUCGCUAUGAGCUACAUGACAUCAGCUCCGCUCACAAUGGACUCAGAGACACAGACUUCCUCGGAGCUAUGGAGUGCACGUUGGGACAAAUCGUGUCCCAGAGGAAACUGUCCAAAGCGUUACUUAAACAGGGAAACACUACCAGCAAGUCCUCCAUCACAGUAACAUCAGAGGAGUUAUCGGGUAAUGAUGACUACGUAGAACUCUCCUUCAGCGCUCGCAAACUAGACGACAAGGAUUUCUUUAGUAAAUCAGAUCCGUUUUUGGAAAUCUUCAGAAUAAAUGAUGAUGGCAGCGGAUCACUAGUUCACAGAACUGAGACGGUGAUGAACGACCUCAGCCCGGUGUGGAAGUCAUUCAAGGUCUCUCUCAACACACUAUGUAGCGGAGACCAUGACCGCCAACUAAAGUGCACAGUGUAUGAUUGGGACUCCAAUGGGAAGCACGACUUCAUUGGAGAGUUCCAGACCACCUAUAAGGAGAUACGCACAGACCUGGAAGGGAGACAGAUGCAAUGGGACUGUAUAAACCCUAAGUACCAGGUGAAGAAGAAACACUACAGAAACUCUGGUGUCGUCGUCCUCAACCACUGUAAGGUCAUCAAGAUGUAUUCUUUCCUGGAUUACAUCAUGGGAGGCUGUCAGAUCCAGUUCACAGUGGCCAUAGACUUUACAGCAUCAAACGGAGACCCCGGAAACAGCUGUUCUCUCCACUACAUCCAUCCGUACCAGCCCAAUGAGUACCUGAAAGCCCUGGUGGCUGUGGGAGAAAUAUGUCAAGACUACGACAGUGACAAGAUGUUUCCAGUUUUUGGGUUUGGAGCUCAGAUCCCACCUGACUUUAAGGUGUCACACGAUUUUGCCGUGAACUUUGAUGAAGACAAUCCGGAAUGUUCCGGUAUCCAGGGUGUGGUGGAAGCCUACCAGGCCUGUCUUCCUAAGAUCCAGCUGUACGGACCGACCAACAUUGCUCCCAUCAUACAGAAAGUUGCUUCUUCUGCCUCAGAGGAGAUGCACACCAUGGAAGCUAUGGAGUAUUUCAUCCUGUUGAUCCUAACAGAUGGAGUGAUAACAGACAUGGCUGACACUAGAGAAGCUAUAGUACAUGCUUCCCACCUACCCAUGUCUGUCAUCAUAGUAGGAGUGGGAAACGCUGACUUCAGUGACAUGCAGAUGCUGGAUGGAGACGAUGGAAUACUCAGGUCCCCAAAAGGAGAACCUGUUCUCAGAGACAUUGUCCAGUUUGUUCCCUUCAAAGACUUCAAACACGCGUCCCCGGCUGCGCUAGCUAAGAGUGUGCUAGCAGAGGUACCCAAUCAGGUGGUGGAUUACUACAAUGCCAAAGGAAUCCAUCCCAAAUGUCUGUCUGACUACGACGAAUCUACCAGACCCUUCAGCCCCUGACCACACACAUACACACGUAUUCAUCACACACACAUUAAACACACACACAUACACAUGUUAUAAACACAAACUAAUACAUACUCACCCAUACACACACCCUGCAUACAGUAGUGUAGCUCAGAGAAGUAGUUUGGUGGGUUUAACUAUCAAUCAUUCAAAUGUGUUUAGAAAGGCCGGAACCUAGGAAGAAACCUAGAAAGGAAGCAGGCUAUGAGGGGUGGCCAGUCUUCUUCUGGCUGUGCCGGGUGGAGAUUAUAACGAUCAUUCAGAGUUUCUCUACUGCUCCUGCUGUCUCUAGAGAGUUGAAAACAGCAGGUCUGGGACAAGGUGGCACGUCUGGUGAACAGGUCAGGGUUCCAUAGCCGCAGGCAGAACAGUUUAAACUGGAGCAGCAGCACGACCAGUCGGACUGAGGACAGUAAGGAGUCAUCAGGCCAGGUAUUCCUGAGGCAGGAGAGUGAGAAGGAGAGGGAGAGGGAGAGAAUAGAGAGAAUUAGAGAGAGCAUACUUAAAUUCACACAGGACACCGGAUAAGGCAGAAGAAAUACUCCAGAUAUAACAGACUGACCCUAGCCCCCUGACACAUAAACUAUUGCAGCAUAAAUAAUGGAGGCUGAGACAGGAAGGGUCAGGACACACUGUGGCUCCGUCUGACGAUACCCCCAGACAGGGCCAAACAGGUAGGAUAUAACACUUUGCCAAAGCACAGCCCCCACACCACAAGAGGGAUAUCUUCAACCACGAGCAUACUAUCCUGAGACAAGGCCGAGUAUAGCCCACGAAGAUCUCCCCCACGGCACGAACCCAAGGGGGGGCACCAACCCGGACAGGAAGAUCACGUCAAUGACUAAACCCACUCAAGUGACGCACCCCUCCUAGGGACGGCAUGGAAAAGCACCAGUAAGUCAGUGACUCAGCCCCUGUAAUAGGGUUUGAGGCAGAGAAUCCCAGUGGAGAGCUGGAAUCGGCCAGGCAGAGACAGCAAGGGCGGUUCGUUGCUCCAGUGCCUUUGGGUUCACCUUCACACUCCUGGGCCAGACUACACUCAAUCAUAGGACCUACUGAAGAGAUGAGUCUUCAAUAAAGACUUAAAGGUCGAGACCGAGUCUGCGUCUCUCACAUGGGUAGGCAGACCAUUCCAUAAAAAUGUAGCUUUAUUGGGGAAAGCCAUGACUCCAGCUGUUUGCUUAGAAAUUCUAGGGACAGUAAGGACGCCUGCGUCUUGUGUCGGUAUGUACGGCAGGACCAAAUCGGAAAGAUACGUUGGAGCAAGCCCAUGUAAUGCUUUGUAGGUUAGCAGUAAAACCUUGAAAUAAGCCCUAGCCUUCACAGGAAGCCAGUGUAGAGAGGCUAGCACUAGAGUAAUAUGAUCAAAUUUUUUGGUUCUAGUCAAGAUUCUAGCAGCUGUGUUUAGCGCUAUCUGAAGUUUAUUUAGUGCUUUAUCCGGGUACCCGGAAAGUAGAGCAGUGCAGUAGUCUAACCUAGAAAUGACAAAAGCAUGGAUACAUUUUUCUGAAUCAUUUUUGGACAGAAAGUUUCUGAUUUUUGCAAUGUUGCGUAGAUGGAAAAAGCUGUCCUUGAAACAGUCUUGAUAUGUUCGUCAAAAGAGAGAUCAGGGUCCAGAGUAACGCCAAGGUUCUUCACAGUUUUAUUUGAGACGACUGUACAACCAUCAAGAUUAAUUGUCAUAUUCAACAGAAGAUCUCUUUGUUUCUUGGGACCUAGAACUAGCAUCUCUGUUUUGUCUGAGUUUAAAAGUAGGACAUUUGCUGCCAUCCACUUCCUUAUGUCUGAAACACAGGCUUCCAAGGGAGGGCAAUUUUGGGGCUUCACCAUGUUUCAUUGAAAUGUACAGCUGUGUGUCGUCCGCAUAGCAGUGAAAGUUAACAUUAUGUUUCCGAAUGACAUCACAAAGAGGUGAAAUAUAUAGUGAAAACAAUAGUGGUCCUAAAACGGAGCCUUGAGGAACACCGACAUUUACAGUUGAUUUGUCAGAGGACAAACCAUUGACAGAGACAAACUGAUAUCUUUCCUACAGAUAAGAUCUAAACCAGGCCAGAACUUGUCCGUGUAGACCAUUUGGGUUUCCAAUCUCUACAAAAUAAUGUGUUGAUCUAUGGUAUCAAAAGCAGCACUAAGGUCUAGGAGCGCAAGGACCGAUGCAGAGACUCGGUCUGAUGCCAUUAUAAGGUAAUUUAACAUCUUUACAAGUGCAGUCUCAGUGCUGUGAUGGGGUCUAAAACCAAACUGAAGCGUUUCGUAUACAUUGUUUGUCUUCAGGAAGGCAGUGAGUUGCUGUGCAACAGCCUUUUCUUAAAUGUUUGAGAGGAAUGGGAGAUUCGAUAUAGGCCAAUAGUUUUAAAAAUAUUUUCUUGGUCAAGGUUUGGCUUUUUCAGGAGAGGCUUUAUUUCUGCCACCUUUAGUGAGUUUGGUACACAUCCGGUGGAUAGAGAGCCGUAGGAGUAGUUUAGUAUAGGAGUAGUUUAGUUGGAAUAGGUUCCAGUAUGCAGCUUGAAGGUUUAGGGGCCAUGAUUAUUUUCAUCAAUGUGUCAAAAGAUAUAGCAUUAAAAGACUUGUGUGUCUCACAUGAUCCUAGGUCUUGGCAGUGUUGUGCAGACUCAGGACAACUGAGCUUUGGAGGAAUAGGCAGAUUUAAAGAGGAGCCCGUAAUUUGCUUUCUAAUGAUCAUGAUCUUUUUGUCAAAGAAGUUCAUGAAUUUAUCACUGCUGAAGUGAAAGUCAUCCUCUCUUGAGGAAUGCUGCUUUUUAGUUAACUUCGCAACAGUAUCUUAUUUUCCUCAAUUAACUUGGAAAAAUAGGAUGAUCGAGCAGCAGUGAGGUCUCUUCGAUACUGCACGGUACUGUCUUUCCAAGCUAGUCGGAAGACUUCCAGUUUGGUGUUGCGUCAUUUCCAUUCCAAUUUUCUAGAAGCUUGCUUCAGGGCUCGGGUAUUUUCUGUAUACCAGGGAGCUAGUUUCUUAUGACAAAUGUUUUUAGUUAUUUAGGGUGUGACUGCAUCUAGGGUAUUAGGCAAGGUUAAAUUGAGUUCCUCAGUUAGGUGGUUAUCUGAUUGUUGUGCUCUGGCGUCCUUGGGUAGGUGGAGGGAGUCUGGAAUGGUGAAUCUUUGUGUUGUCUGAGAAUUUAUGGCACGGCUUUUGAUGAUCCUUGGUUGGGGUCUGAGCAGAUUAUUUGUUGCGAUUGAAAACGUAAUAAAAUGGUGGUCUGAUAGUCCAGGAUUAUGAGUAAAAACAUUAAAAUCCACAACAUUUAUUCCACGGGAUAAUGACUGUGGCAGUGAGUAGGUCCGGAGACAUGUUGGACAAAACCCAAUGAUGGCUCCGAAAGCCUUUUGGAGUGGGUCUGUGGACUUUUCCAUGUGAAUAUUAAAAUGUUUAAUAUUUUCUGCCAUGACUUCAAGGUAGGAAUUCAGGGAACUCAGUGAGGCACACUGUAUAUGGCCCAGGAGGCCUGUAAACAGUAGCUAUAAUUGAGUAGGCUGCUUAGAUUUCAUGACUAGAAGCUCAAAAGACGAAAACGCAGUCUUUUUUUGUUGUUGUAAAUUGACAUUUGCUAUCGUGAAUGUUAGCAACACCUCCGCCUUUUGCGGGAUGUGCUGGGGAUAUGGUCACUCGUGUAACCAGGAGGUGAGGCCUCAUUUAACACAAUAAAUUCAUCAGGCUUAAGUCAUGUUUUAGUCAGGCCAAUCACAUCAAGAGAAUGACCAGUGAUUAUUUCAUUGAUUAUAACUGCCUUGGAAGUGAGGGAUCUAAUAUUAAGUAGCCCUAUUUUGAAAUGUGAGAUAUCACAAUCUCUUUCAAUAAUGACAGGAAUGGAGGUCUUUAUUCCAGUGAUAUUGCUAAGGCGAACACUGACAUGUUUAGUUUUGCCCAACCUAGAUCGAGGUACAGACACGGUCUCAAUGGGGAUAGCUGAACUGACUACACUGACUGUGCUAUUGGCAGAAUCCACUAAACUGGCAGGCUGGCUAACAGCCUGCUGCCUGGCCUGCACCCUAUCUCAUUGUGGAGGUAGAGGAGUUAGAGCCCUGUCUAUGUUCAUAGAUAAGAUGAGAGCACCCCUCCAGCUAGGAUGGAGUCCAUCAUUCCUCAGCAGGCCAGGCUUGGUACUGUUUGUGGUUGAGUCCCAGAAAGAGUGCCAAUUAUCUACAAAUUCUAUCUUUUGGGAGGGGCAGAAAACAGUUUUCAACCAGUGAUUGAGUUGUGAGACGCUGUAGAGCUCAUCACUCCCCUUAACUGGGAGGGGGCCAGAGAUAAUUACUCGAUACCGACACAUCUUUCUAGCUGAUUUACACGCUGAAGCUAUGUUGCGCUUGGUGACCUCUUGGUGCUGAAGUGGAUAACAAUAUUACAAUAUUAUUAUUAUACUCUCUACACUCGGCAGUUUUAGCCUUAGCCAACAUCAUCUUCAGAUUAGCCUUAACGUCAGUAGCCCUGCCCCCUGGUAAACAGUGUAUGAUCGCUGGAUGAUUCGUUUUAAGUCUAAUACUGCGGGUAAUGGAGUCACCAAUGACUAGGGUUUUCAAAUUGUCAGAGCUAAUGGUGGGAGGCUUCGGCGUCUCAGACCCCGUAACGGGAGGAGGAGAGACCAGAGAAGGCUCGGCCUCUGACCCGUUGCUUAAUGGGGAGAACCGGUUUAAAGUUUCUGUCGGCUGAAUGAGCGACACCGGUUGAGCAUUCCUACAGCAUUUCCCUCCAGAAGCCAUGAGAAAAUUGUCCGGCUGCGGGGACCGUGCGAGGGGAUUUAUACUAACGUUACUAUCUGUACUUACUGGUGGCACAGACGCUGUUUCAUCCUUUCCUACACUGAAAUUACCCUUGCCUAACGAUUGCGUCUGAAGCUGGGCUUGCAGCUCAGCUAUCCUCGCCGUAAGGUGAUCAGUCUCCUGUAUAUUAUGAGUACAGCGACUGCAAUUAGAGGGCAUCAUGUUAAUACCUAGCUUCGGCUGGUGGAGAUCCUGACGAACCAAGUCCGGGUUGAAAAAGUUGAAUGAAUAAAAAAAAUAUAAAACGGUAAUUAAAAAGUAAAAACUGUAAAGUUGGCAGGUAGCAAAGUAAGGUUAGCAAACAAACUGCACAGCAACACGUUAACAAGUCUACAAGUUGUGACCGGAAAUGAUGUCAUAGAGCAUUACAUAGUGUAUUACUGCAUGCUGGCCCAAUGGGUUUUAUAUCUUACAUUAUAUCACAUAGUCGGUUUGUAUAUACAUGACAUACAUAUGCACACAAACAUAUACACUUGUAGACACACACACACCUUUUAAAGGUGACUUUUACGAUUUGAACAUUAUUACAUACAGCAUAGGCUAAAUAGAGAUUAGUAAGAGACUUAUAAUAACAUACAGUAUUUCUCCAUUGUCUAGGGUUUUGGUAACAUAGAAGACUUUGUAAACAAAUAAUGUAUAGCUUCAAAUCAUGUUUAGAGUGAUGUUUGCUGUCAUGGAAUGUAAUUCCUUCAGCACUAAUGAUAUAUUUCAUAUAGAAUGAAAUGCUAUUUGCAUGUAAAAAUGUCAUUGGAUGAAUGUUCUCUGUUGUUUUUGUUGGUGGCCCACUCUUUGAUGGUUUGCACAUCUUACAGAGUGUGGCUUUUAAGGGGUUAGGGUUGUAUACUAUAAGCUGUGUUAUAUACUUCCUUUUCUACAGGGUUGUUGAGAGUUUGCUAAAUAAAUAGAUCAUUACAAUUGUACUAAUUUCAUAACCUUCGUUACUUGUAAGGCAUUUGAGUGAAUAGCUAUGUGUGUGUGUGUGUGUGUGUGUGUGUGUGUGUGUGUGUGUGUGUGUGUCUGAUGUUUCUGUGGAUUAGGCACUUUACUGUAUUACAGACCAGAUCACAUCAUGUACUAUUGUUUCCCAGAUGCCCUUGUCUCUGUGUGACUGUGUCGGUCUGUUUAUCUGUCUGUCUGUCUGUCUGUUUAUGUCUGUCUGUCUGUCUGUCUGUCUGUCUGUCUGUCUGUCUGUCUGUCUGUC